CGGCCCGGCCCGGGGCGGGGGGGGGCCGGACGGGACGGUGACGGUCCCCGGUGCGGCGGGCCCGGCGCGGCCGCUGGCGGAGCAUGAGGGAGCCAUGAGCCCGCUGCGGGGGUGGCUGCUGGCCGCGCUGCUCUCGCUCGCCCCGCGGGCAGGUCCUGCCACGCAGGCCGGAGCGCUGCCUCGGAGGCUCCCACGGGCCGCAUGGCAGGAAGGGCGGGUGCUGUCCCAAAUCACCCACCCCAGCAGGCUGGUGGGGCACAGCUCGGGCGGGGAAGUCCCAAAGCAUCAGUUGGACACCAGGGUCAGGCAUGAGCCCAGAGAAGGAGGAGGAGGAGGACCCAGUGCAUCUUCACAGGGGCUGCACCUGGCACAGGUGAGCUUCAUGGUGCGUGCCUUCGGCUCAGCCUUCACCCUCGAUCUGCGGCUGAACCAUCACCUCCUCGCCUCCCACUACGUGGAGCGGCACGUCGGCGCGGGCAGCAACGGCAGCCAGAGCACGGGCGCGGGGGAGCACUGCUACUACCAGGGCCGGAUCCGGGGGCAGCCGCGCUCCUUUGCUGCUCUCUCCAGCUGCCAGGGCCUGCGCGGGGUCUUCUCGGACGGCCGAGCCACGUACCUGAUCGAGCCCCAGGCGGGCACCGAGCGCGGGCAGGAUCUUCGACCACACGUCGUUCAGCGCAUCCCCAGCUGCCCCCGACUGGGCUGCCUCUUCCCUGCGCUGAGCCAGCGUGUCCCGGGUGGGAUCCCAAAGCUGCGGCGGCGGCGGCAGGUCCGCCGAGCCCAGCACACGGUGCACAGCGAGACCAAGUACAUCGAGCUGGCCGUGGUGAACGACCAUCAGCUGUUCCUGCAGCUCCGCAAGUCCGUAGUUCUCACCAGCAACUUCGCCAAGUCCGUGGUCAACCUGGCUGACAUGAUCUACAAGGAGCAGCUCAACACCCGCAUCGUGCUGGUGGCCAUGGAGACGUGGGCGGCCGAGGAUCGGAUCCGGAUGGGUCAGGACUCCCUGGAGACCCUGAACGAGUUUGUGAAGUACCGGCGAGAGGGGCUGGCAGAGCACAGCGACACCGUCCACCUCUUCUCGGGUCGGACGUUCCAGAGCAGCCGCAGCGGCACCGCCUUUGUCGGGGGCAUCUGCUCCCCUGCCCGCGCCGGCGGCGUCAACGAGUACGGCAACGUGGCGGCCAUGGCGGUGACACUGGCACAGACACUGGGGCAGAACGUGGGCAUGAUGUGGAACAAGCACCGCACGGCCGCAGGGGACUGUCGCUGUCCGGACGCGUGGCUUGGCUGCAUCAUGGAGGACACAGGGUAUUACCUCCCACGGAAGUUCUCCCGCUGCAGCAUCGAUGAGUACAACCAGUUCCUGCAGGACGGUGGUGGCAGCUGCCUCUUCAACAAACCCCUGAAGCUCCUGGACCCCCCUGAGUGUGGCAAUGGCUUCGUGGAGGCGGGCGAGGAGUGCGACUGCGGCUCGCUGGCGGAGUGUGCGAGGAGCGGGGGGAACUGCUGCAAGAAAUGCACCCUGACCCACGACGCCAUGUGCAGCGACGGGCUCUGCUGCAAGGGCUGCAAGUACGAGCCACGUGGAGUGUCCUGCCGGGAGGCUGUGAACGAGUGUGACAUCCCUGAGACCUGCACCGGGGACUCCAGCCAGUGUCCCCCCAACCUCCACAAGCUGGAUGGAUACUUCUGUGAGAACGAGCAGGGUCGGUGCUACGGUGGGCGCUGCAAGACUCGGGACCGUCAGUGCAACGCGCUGUGGGGCCGCAGCUCGGCCGAGCGCUUCUGCUACGAGAAGCUGAACGUGGAGGGGACGGAGCGGGGGAACUGCGGGCGUGAGGGGCUGGGCUGGCUGCAGUGCAACAAGCAGGACGUCCUCUGCGGUUUCCUCCUCUGCGCCAACAUCUCGGGGUCUCCGCGGCUGGGGGAGCUCAGCGGGGAGAUCGCCACCACCACCUUCUACCACCAGAACCGCUACGUGGACUGCAGGGGUGGACACGUCCAGCUGGUGGAUGGCUCGGAGCUGAGCUACGUGGAGGACGGGACACCCUGCGGGCCCGGGAUGCUCUGCCUCGACCGCAAAUGCCUUCCAGCCACCGCCUUUAACUUCAGCUCCUGCCCCGGCAGCUGGGACGGGAAGAUCUGCUUCGACCACGGGGUUUGCAGCAACGAGGGGAAGUGCAUCUGCCGGGCGGAGUGGACGGGGAAGGACUGCAGCGUCUACGACCCCAUCCCUGAGCCCAAACCGACGGGGGAGACGGAGCGAUACAAGGGUCCCAGUGGCACCAAUAUCAUUAUCGGCUCCAUCGCGGGGGCCGUGCUGGUGGCUGCCAUCGUCCUAGGGGGGACAGGCUGGGGAUUUAAGAACAUCCGCCGAGGAAGGUACGACCCGGCGCAGCAGGGAGUGUAACCGUGUCCCCCCCAUCGUCUCGUCCGUCCCUGUCACCGUCACCGUCACCGUCACCGUCACCGUGGCAGCCUGACGGCGUGGGAGCCCCCGGGGCCGUCUGUCCGUGUGCUGUGUGUCCGGCCCUGCUGUCUCCAUCUCUGUGCCCCCCCGGCUGAAGGGGAGCAGGGCUGGGGGGGCCUGGCAGCAGCCCCCCCCCCGCUGCUGGCUCAUUUCAGCUCAGUGUCCCCCCGUGUGUCGCCCCCCUGUCACAGCCCCCCACUAAACGCACCCCACUUCUGUGUUGCAGGUCCGGGGGGGCCUGAGCGGGGCCGCUCUGCCCCAACCCCCCCCAGCGCCUCAUUAACAGCAAUUAAAUGGGGCGGCGCUGCCGAGGGUCCGGCCCAGGAGGACAGAGGGGAGGGGGCACCCGGGACCACCCCCCGGCCCCCCCCGAACCGCCACGAAUGUACGGGGGGACCCCCCGGACCCCCACAGGCAGCACUGGAUGGAUGAAUGAAUGAAUGAAUGAAUGAAUGAAUGAAUGAAUGAAUGAAUGAAUGAAUGAACCUGCGGGGCCAGUGGGAGCCCCGGCCCACACCCCCCCCACCCUCCAGCAGCAUCUUCCAGCGGGGCCCUGGCACCCCAAAAGGCAGGCCAGUGUCCCCAGGACAAGGCCAGUGUCCCCAGUGCCAGGCCAGUGUCCCAGUGCCAGGCCAGUAUACCCAGUACCGUUCCCAGUUCAGGGCCUGCAGUCCUGUCCCCCACCCCCGGUGCCUGGGUGGGGUCUCACAGGGACUGAGUCCUGCACCCCCAGAUGUGCCUCCCCGCCCCCAAAGCAGCUCAGCAGCCCCGUGUGGGGUUUGUCCCCUCAAAUUCUCCCCUGAUCCCCCAUGUCACGGCUGCGCCCCCAAGCCAUGGCACCCUGCAGUCCCCAGGGGUGGGACAGGCACCCACGGGUGACAGUUCUCCCUCGAGGCCUCCCCACCUUCCCCAGCUCAGGCAGGCGAACCCCAAACUGGUGGCACUGGGGUUGGGGGGGACAGAAGGGCCCCCCGGGGACACAGGGCAGCUGGCCAGGGGGCACUUGUCACCCCAGCCCCGUGGCAGGUCGGGGGGUGGCAUCACCCUCUCCCUGUGGCACGUGGCAAUGUCACCCUGCAUGGGGUGGCUUUACAGAGCCACCCAAACCACAGCAGCACGGAGCACUGGGAGCCACACUGGUCCCUUUAACCACUGGUGACACUCAGCAUGGAGGGGGGACAUCCCUGGUGACACUUGGUGACACAACCCGGUGUGUGUGUAUGUGUGGGGACACUCCUGGGGACACUCAGCACAGGGACAGCGGCAGUGUGGGGCUGUCCCCUCUGUGUCCCUGUCCCUGCCCACCAACGGGUCCCUUUGCCGUGGAGACAGAGAGUGACCAAGGGUGUCCCCAAGCCCAGCCAUGUGUGUGGUGGCACCCAGCCUGCUGUGACAGCCCCACCGGACACCCACAGGUGCCGUGGCUGUGGUGGCACCCCAGGGGACAGGGUGGGAGGUGACAGCAGGGCAGGGGUGGCCGGACAUCCCCUGACUGGGAUCUGGUGGUGGCUUCUUGUGUGACAUAUCAGCUGUGGGCUGGGACGCGUGGGGCCCUGGGACCCCCGUGGGCAUCAGGGGCCUGGGAUCAACCCCCCACCUCUGUCACUGUCACCACAGUGUCCCCAAGCUGCCACAGCCACAGUGCUCCCGCGGGACACCCCCACUUCAGAGCAAGAAGCCGCCGUUGUCACUGGGUUUGGGGACAUUAAUAGAUAUAUAUAGAUAUAUAUAUAUAUAAAUACUGGGAUUUUUCUUAAUGAUUUUAACGCUGUCAGGGCGGGAGGGCCAGCGGCGGGGUUGGGGGGCACCCGGUGCUUCCAGAGCCAAGAGAGCAGAGCCCCCCCAGCCCUGCUGCUCCCAGGGGUCCGUCCCGUCCCGGGGACGAGCACAGCGGGGCGGUGUCCCCGUCCCCCCCUGUCCCCACCGCCGCCACCCGCACCGCCCGCUCCGCUCCCGCCGGGCCCGGCCCCGGCUCCGCUUUGCACGUUCUGGAGCCGCCGCUCCGGGCUCGGCCGCCUCCCGCAGUGCCGCAGAAUUGAUUUACAAUAAAGAUUUGGAAAAGGA